CCAAGACGCCGGCCGCUCCUGAGGAAAACGCCCGCUCGAUGUCCGCGGCCAAGGAGAUGCCCUCGUUGCUUGGCGAACGAGUGUAAACAAAAGAGGGGGCUCGAGCGGUCUCUGCGGGCGCUGAUAUUUGGGUUGCGGCCCCGCUAGGCCACGGUCGGCGGCCCUUUGGGGGGGCAGCCCCUUCCCCGGCCAGGUCGGUGCCUUCUUGCGGCUCGCUUUCUUCGCCAGGAGGGUCGGUCGAGCCCGAAUGCUAACGCAAAUAGCAUUAUCUUGUAUUUCUUAAAGUGCAAAAGACUGACCAUAUAUAUUAAGGAGGAAUUGAAUCCCACACAAGGUGCAAUGGAAGAAAUUCCUGUUAAAGUAGCAGUAAGAAUUAGACCUCUGCUUUCAAAAGAAAUACUUCACAACCAUCAAGUAUGUGUGAGAUUAGUCCCUAACACUCAGCAAAUUAUCAUUGGAAAAGACCGUGUAUUUACUUUUGAUUUUGUUUUUGGCAAACAUUCAACCCAAGAAGAAGUAUAUACUGCAUGUAUUAAGCCAUUGGUGACAUCUCUGAUCGAAGGUUAUAAUGCUACAGUUUUUGCCUAUGGACAGACAGGUUCUGGGAAGACUUACACUAUUGGAGGAGGCCAUGUUGCAUCAAUUGCUGAGGAAGAAAGAGGUAUCAUUCCACGUGCAAUCCAGGAAAUUUUUCAGAUUAUUUUUGAAAACCAUAAUAUUGACUUUACUGUGAAAGUUUCUUAUGUAGAGGUCUACAAAGAAGAACUUAGAGAUCUACUGGAACUGGAGACCUCUAUGAAAGAUCUACAUAUUAGAGAAGAUGAAAAGGGCAAUACAGUAAUUGUUGGUGCCAAAGAUUGCCAAGUUGAAAGUGUAGAUGAAGUGAUGAGUUUGCUGGAAACUGGGAAUGCUGCUCGGCAUACAGGUACUACACAAAUGAAUGAACAUUCCAGCCGAUCUCAUGCUGUUUUUACAAUCAGUAUUUUUCAACAACAGCAACCAGUGCAGCCUCAAAAGGACACAGACUUUGCACAAGAUUCAUCUCGAGGCUCAGGCCAGCUGAUUGCUUCCAAGUUCCACUUUGUGGACCUUGCUGGAUCAGAAAGAGUAACAAAAACUGGGAACACAGGUGAAAGGUUCAAAGAAUCCAUUCAGAUAAACAGUGGAUUACUGGCUUUGGGAAAUGUGGUAAGUGCUCUUGGAGACUCAAGGAGAAAAGGUGCGCACAUUCCAUACAGAGAUGCUAAAAUUACCCGAAUUCUUAAGGACUCUUUAGGUGGCAAUGCCAAGACUGUCAUGAUAACUUGUAUUAGUCCAUCAUCUUCUGAUUUUGAUGAAUCACUAAAUUCUCUCAAAUAUGCUAAUAGAGCCAAAAAUAUUAGAAACAAACCUAUUGUUAACUACAAUCCAGAUUGGGAUCGUAUUGAUGAAAUGGAAUGUGCAAUUAAGUUACUUCGUGAAGCUUUGCAAAACCAACAAGUUAGUGGACAGAUCCCCGGUAGCCAGAGAUCACAGGAUUUGACUCAGGAGAGGAACAGAAUCCAUUCUCUUGAAGAGCAACUUGCUCAACUUCAAAUAGAAAGUUUCAGUUACCGAAAUUGCAUAGAAGAAGCCUAUGCAUUCCUAGCUGACUUAGGAAAUGUUGUCAGCCUGUCAAAAAGUCAACAUGAAAAACUGCGGGAUUGGAUCUGUGUGGCUCAGGAGCUCAGGCGGGAGGUCCCAGCCAUUCCCCAAACAAACAGAGGAAAUGGAGGUGACCGAGAAGAGCCGCAUCAUAUAACAAUUCUUCAGCUGAAGAGAGAGUUGAAAAAAUAUCAGCAGGCUCUUGCUACAGAUGCAGAACUAUUCAGUGAGAAAGAACUUGAGAUAAAGGUAUUGCAAGAUCAAAUACAGAAGCUGAUAAAGGAGAACAGAGAAUAUAUGGAAUCACUGAAAGAGGCACAGGAUACAAACAGACUACAGAAUGAGAAAAUGGUGGAGCAACAGCUUAUAAUUGACCAGCUAAAUGACAGUCUAGAGAAGAUGGAAAAAGCUUCUAUCUCCAGUGGUGCUUGUGGAGAUGGACCAGCUACUGUAAUAUCUAUGAAGAGGCCUUACAGUGUUCCACUAACUAAACGCUUGAUACAGUCCAUUAAUACUCCUAUGGGUUUGGAUUCUCGAAAGGUACACACAAGCCCUCCCACAUACUCCUUAAACAGAGUAAUGGCUGGAUUUCAGACCCGCAGCCAGAUAAUACUGGAUCACAUAGAAGAACAAGAUGAAGUUCUUCAUUGCUGCUUUUCUGAUCACAGCGAUGAAGAUGAAAAAAAUCUCAAGAGCACAAAGAGACAGCCAUUUAGACGUUCCUUAAACCGUACAUGGACACAAAAACAGGCUCCUCAGAGUUCUACACAAGAAGACAUGCAGCACCAUUCAAAAGACAGAAAUAUGUCACAGAUAGAAACUGUUACAGGGUCUGAUAUUGAAUGCAUCCAGAAAAGUCAGAUAUUAAACUUGCAGAAGUUAAAGAAUUCAGAGCUAAAACUUAUUGCUGCUAAGCAAAAAAUGAAUGAACUCACUCUUAAUAUCAGAAUGAAGGAAGAACUUAUUAAAGAAUUGGUGAAAACAGGUAAUGAUGCCCAAUCUGUAAGCAAGCAAUAUUCUGUGAAAAUAACGCAGCUGGAACAUGAAGCAGAGCAAGCUAAAAUGGAUUUAGCUGAAACACAAAAGCAGUUACAGGAGCUAGAGAACAAAGGGCAAAGAGACAUUGCUGAAAAAGCCAGGUUACAAAGAGAAUUUAGGAAGAAGAUGGAUGCAGCAAAGCUAAAAGUGCAGGUCUUACAGAAGAAACAACAGGAGACCAAGAAAUUGGCAUCGUUGUCCACCCAGACUGAAAAGCGUGUAUCAGAAGUAAAGCAAAAUGUCAGUCAUAUGAAAAAUCAACAAGCCCAGUUACAGAAAAGACUGGGAGAAGAAAGUGAAAAAAAGAAAAGCUUGGAGGCUGAAAUUCAGCGUGGUCAACUACAGAUCAAGGAGCUACAACAGAAGAUGGAACAGCAGGAGAAGAUUUUAAAAUUAAAAGAUGAAGAAAUUGCUGCAAUUAAGAAGAAAAAUUCAUUUGAAACCCCACAGCAGCUACAGAAAUUAGAAGAGAAAAAGAAAUGGCUAGAUGAAGAGCUAGAAAAGGUUUUGCAUCAACGCCAAGAACUAGCUCAUCUGGAGGAAGAUUUAAAAAGAAGAGAAGCUAUCAUUUCCAAGAAGGAAGCACUAGUGCAGGAGAAGAGCCAUCUGGAAAUUAAAAAACUGAGAUCCAGCCAGGCUCUCAGUAAAGACAUUUUGAACCUAUCUAACCGUCUAUGCAUACUGGAUCAGGAGUUACAUGACAAAAACAUGCAGCUUCAAGGCAGCACCAAUGACGAACAAGGAAAGAUUUAUGAAGAAGUCCAGGCUUUGCAGAAGGAAAGGGAUCAGCUAUUGAAAAGAAGGAACAGUAUGGAUGAAAAACUGAAGAAUGGCAGAGUGUUGUCACCUGAUGAAGAACAUGUUCUAUUCCAGCUUGAAGAAGGGAUUGAAACUUUGGAAGUUGCCAUUGCUUACAAGAAUGAAAGUAUCGAAAAUCACCAAAACUCACUUAGAGCGUCAUCUCAAGUCCUUUCACAGAGUGAAGCCAACUUGAUGGGAAAGUUGGUUUCCUUGUCUGCUGCUGAGCUACGAGCAAUUCUUUUAAAAUAUUUUAAGAAGGUUGUCAGCCUCCGUGAAACUGAACGUAAAUUGCAACUUCGUGCUGAAGAGCUGGGAAUGAGAGUAACAGAACAAGAAAACAUAAUAAGAGAACUUGAAUUGGCACUUGAACAUCUCAUGUUACAAUGUGACAGGCGUUUGACCCUUCAACAAAAGGAACAUGAGCAAAAUAUGCAGUUAAUAUUACUUCACUGCAAAGAACAAAAUGGUGAAAGUAUUUCAGAAGCGUUUAAAACGAAAGAAGUAAAAAUCGAACAACUGGAGCGAGAGUUAUUCUUCUAUAAGAAAAGCAGCCGAGAAUUAAAGAAGAAAUUAAAGGAACUGGUGGGAGAAUCAGCGCGCCAUAUCCAGUCACACAGUAAAUCUAUGAGUUCUACUGAUGGGAUACUGCACCGAGAAGAAGCAAGUGCCUUGUCAGAAGAACUUGAAAGGACACCAGAAUCAAUAGAGAUUGAAAAAGAAACAAAUCUAUCAGUAAAUGUUUUUGGAGGACAGAAAACGUGGCACAAGUUUGAAGACGAAGCUGUAGAACUAGUAUCUAAUACAACAAAUAAUAAGGAAGAACAAGCUGGGAAAAUACGACAAUCUGCAAAAUCCCACCCACAAGUAUUAUGUCAUUCUCAGGCAAGAGAUCCAGCUAUGAGCCAACUUCAAGGAGCAACACCAAUAAAACUUUCUCGCAAAGAAUUACGCCAUAUCCCUGCUUCUGAGCUUUCAUCAAGGCGCUCUGGCCUUGCAGGUUCUAUAAAUGCUAUUCCUGCAGAUGCAAUUGAAAUGUCUAAAAAGACUUAACUGUAGUACAUAAUCAGCUCAGUCCAAUCUUCCGUAUUUGCAAGUGUAUUUCAGGCAGCUAAGAUCAUAUCAGUUACUUCUAGUUUCUAUCCUUCACAUUGCAGAUGGUUUGAUUGUGCUUGUAUAUUGCUUUAUUAGCACAGUAUGAUGUAAUGGGUAGAACUAAAAGAAUUCUUUUGCUCUUGAACUAGAAAAAAGUUGUAUUUUUGUUGCAUUUGUUUCUUUUUUUUAGAAUUAGCACAGAAUUUUGUUCCCAUCUUCUAAACUACAUAUUAAUAUUACCUCUUAUUCUGCAAAAAAUAUUUGGAUGCAUCUACAAUCCCCCUUUGUCUGUUUGAGCAGUCUAGAUUAUACCUGAAAUGUUAAUCUGAAGAAACAUAAUGUAUAAAAACAGUCAUAGAGCCAAAAGUACUUCCUAUAAUUCUGCCAUUGAGCAUUUUAGAAGUGCUGCUGAUUUCUUAAUUUGUGUACACUUUCAUUUUGACUGAACAGUUGGGAUAGUCUGGAAUACCUGUAUGCAUAAAGAAAUGUUUGUAUAUGGUGCUGCAUAGUGAUAAGACCUUCAUAGAGAUACCACUCGCCCUUAUCUUAAUCCAUUAUAAUUUAUGCAUAUUUAGGAUGAAGUGUUUGUAACAAAGCACUUCUAGACAUUGGUCCAGACCAGGAGCUUCAAGUAUAAAUGUUUUUCAAAAGCAAAACACAGUAAAGAAAAUAAGAUUAUUGUCUUCUGUGAUGUUUAACAACAAAAAUCUCUUUGAUAAAAUUCAUAUUUAAAACAAGUCAAAAUCAA